CUCAAGCAGUGGUUCUAGCGCAUUCGACUUCGUAUCGUGGCGAGCGUGGCGUAAGAUGACUCUAAUUUGACAGCUCGCAGCUAUACCAUACCUCGCAAAAGGAUUGGUGAGGUCAGUGAUGCUACCUCACCGCAUCAGGUUCCAGCUGCUGAUGCUAUAUUCGACUAUGGGGCGUAGAACUCAAUCUCAACGAGCUGCCUUUUGAGUAGGUGCUCGUUUCCCGAUCACCAUCGCUCAGAACCACAUUCGCUAUACCGCUUUGUCAUUCGCUUUCUGCAGAACACAUCACUCGAUCUUCGCCGGAUAUUCGACUAUCUACAGCAACACCUCAACAGCACAACCAACCAGAUAUCGAUAAUCAAGAUGCACUUCAGCACCACCUUCGCCGCUAUUGCCCUUGUGGGAAGCGCUUCGGCACUCCCUGGCAAGUUCCAGUUCGAGAAGCGCACCUCGAAGACUGAUUGCGAGACCGCUUUCGACUCUUGCCGUACCAAGUACCUGGCCAACCAUGCUACUUGCGCUUCCGAAUACGCUGCGUGCCUUGGCUACAACCCCUUCGUCUACUCGAACACUGCUGCCUUCCCGCUUGGUACCUCUGGCGUCGCCGCUUCUACUGCUUCUGUCUCUACUCAGUCUGCCCCUAUCGGAACUGGAUCUGCCGUGACCAAAACUGAGGAGGUCUACACCACCACCACAAUUUGCCCAGUGACAUCUACUGCAUGGCACGGAAACAGCUCGACUGUCAUCACUACGAGCACCACAAGCACUAUCACAGUGACUUCAUGUCCCGGAGGCUGCCACGCCGCCUCUCCCACCAACCCUCCCCCAGCCGUCGUUACUUCCUCGACCUCGAAGAGCGAGGCCUGGUUCCCCGGAAGCUCGACUGUCAAGACCUAUACCAUCCCCACUGAAGUGACCUCAACCAUCACCUCUUUCGUCCCCUGCUCGACUCCUGUCAUGUCCAACAGCGAGACCACCUUCUUCAGCACCUGGCUCACCGUCACCUACCUGACCACAAGCUACAAGACCGUGACAACCAGCUGUGAAACUCUCUACCCUACACCCACCUCUGUCCAGGUCUCCGCUACCACUCUUCCCGCCAGCACUUCCACUGGCGAGGCUUCUGGUACCUGCGCUGCACCCGAGACCGUCUACGAGACCGUCGUCUCCUACGUUACUGUCUAUGGUGACCACAAGACCGAGACCGCGUCUUCUGCCACCAACACUCCUAUCCAGCCCGGCUCUACUCUCAGCUGGUCUCACACUGGCUCUGUCAGCGGUACCGCUAAGCCUACCGGUUGGGUCAAGCCCUCUGGCUACGCUAAGCCUUCUGGACACUAAGCGAUCCACGCUUCUAGCUCCUUCGACUCGGCUUGAACAAGCAAAUGUACAUUGAAACAUGCAUAAUAUGUACAGAUACGACCUUACAUUUCACGACACUCCUUUAAUGUUUCAAGAUUGGGACAAAAAGCGACAGCGGAUUUUUGGCAUAGACGGUUAUGGCGUUCUCUGAAUUGGAUUGAACCUUUUUCUGCUUCUUACACUCUAGUGCUCGCGCACUUCUUAAUGUCUUUACAUAGCUUCGCGUUUUGAUUUUGCAGAGAUUUGAUAUUCAAUUGCAAGAUUGAUUUAACUUUCCUCGAAAAGAAACUAUAUGAAACACUCCUUCUUCCAUC